AUGACUAGUAACUCUCUCCAUACUACCGCCCGGAUUAUAUCCGUGGUUGCGGGCACUCUGGUAGCUCUGUCCUGCGGGACGAAUUAUGCAUACUCCGCGUGGGCACCGCAGUUCGCGCACCGCAUGAAGCUUUCCUCGACCGAGUCCAACCUUAUCGGCGUGGCGGGAAACCUCGGCAUGUAUGCCAUGGGUAUCCCGAUGGGCUUAUUGACUGAUGCAAAGGGACCUCGACUCAUCACUUUGAUUGGUUCGGUGUGCUUGGGUCUUGGAUAUUACCCGAUCUACCUGGCCUAUCGACACGGAGAAGGAUCGGUCCCUGUAUUCUUCUUGUGCUUUUUUGCCUUCUUGACUGGUACUGGUGGUUGCUCAGCAUUUGGCGCCGCCAUUAAAGUUGCGGCGUCCAACUUUGGAGAGAACCGCGGCACAGCUACCGCAUUCCCAUUGGCUGCUUUUGGACUAAGCGCUUUAUUCUGGUCCAAUGUAUCGACUCUGAUCUUCAAGGACGACACCGGUGCCUUCUUGUUGCUUCUUGCCUGCGGAACCACCAUCCUCUCUUUGAUCUCUAUUCCAUUCCUUCGAAUCUUCCCCAAUGCCGAAAGUGAUCCCUAUACCUCCAUCCCCCGCCAUGAAGAGGCCCCUGAAUCGCAAAGAAUGCGCCCACCGAGCACUUUCGAAGAUCAGCCUGAGGACAUGCACGACUCCACGGGUUACGACCACGAGAACUCGGCGCAUGCGCGCAGUCAUUCUGUUGUCUCGAAUCACCGUGGAGGACACCACACUGAACAGGAUGAGAGCUCGUCAUUGGUGUCCAAGCCUGAUGGUCGGCCAUCAUUUGACACAUUAGACGAUGACUACUUGGCCGCUAUCGCCGUGGAAGCUCACCACCCCGAUAUCCGUGGUCUGGCCAUGCUCAAGCACGUCGAGUUCUGGCAACUAUUCCUGACUAUGGCGCUUCUGUCUGGUAUUGGCUUGAUGACCAUCAACAACAUUGGAAACAGCGCCAAGGCUCUGUGGCUAUACUACGAUGACAGCGCUACAUCCAAGUUCAUCCAGCAGCGCCAGGUCAUGCACGUCUCUAUCCUGUCCUUCGGUAACUUCUCUGGUCGUCUCCUUAGCGGUAUUGGCUCCGAUAUUCUCGUUAAGAAGCUCAACAUGUCCCGCUUCUGGUGUCUCUUCAUCUCCGCCCUGGUCUUCACCCUAACCCAACUCGCCGGUGCUUCCAUCUCUAACCCCAACACCCUCGUCGUCGUCUCCGCUUGCACGGGUGUGGCCUACGGUUUCUUGUUCGGUGUCUUCCCCUCUCUAACCGCUCACACCUUUGGUAUCGGCGGUCUCUCCCAGAACUGGGGAGCCAUGACUUUAGCCCCCGUGCUUAGCGGCAAUGUAUUCAACCUUGUCUACGGCACUGUUUACGACCGCCAUUCCGUCAUCGGCCACGAAGGCGACAGCGAAUGUCCCGACGGCCUCGUCUGCUACCGCUCUGCCUACUACAUGACAUUCUUCUCCGGACUCUGCGGUAUCGUAGUUUGUCUAUGGAGUAUCUGGCGGGAGAAGCAGAUCCACAACAACAUGCGCAAGAAGUCAGGCAACCGUAUUGCGUAG